CUUCCGAAUCAUGUUUGAUGCCAUCAAGAGAAGAAGCUCAAAACUGGCCUCCUUCAGAAAUAUGGGCACCCGGAAAGCAACGCGGGAAGACCUGGAUGACGAUGGGGAAGGCACGGAACCCCAGGAGGGUCAGGAAGAAGAGAAAGAAGAAGAAAUUAUAAAUGCAGAUGCCGAUGAAGGAGAUGCCGACGCCACUGACGCAAAGAGGAGAGAAAAACAGGAAGAAGAGGUGGAUUAUGAAAGCGAAGAAGAGGGCCACCAUGAAAAAGAAGACGAAGCGGAUGAGGAGGAAGAGGAGGAGAAUAGAGCAGGUCCACCGCCGGCUGAGGAGGAAAGUGCUUCCUCAUCUUCUAGGCCCUCCAAACAGAAAAACAACCAGACAAACCUAACGAAGGACGUGCUGGCAGAGAACCGGGUGAACAACGUCCUGAGUCUAAAUUGCGCCAUAGAAGAUUAUUCCUACGACACAGAGAAGAGUUUAUGGUGUGAAGUGAGACUCGCCAAAACAUUUUCUGAGAAAUUGCCGGAGUGUUCUACUAGAGUUUAG